GAAAAGUAUGGUUAUAUUAUUUUUUGCAAAACAGUAAAUAAUUAAUUAGUUGCACAGAUUUGAUUUGUUUAUUCUUCUGUGCUACUAUGCAAUCUGUAAUUAAUAACAGUUAGUACCAUGUUUUUGAUUAUUAGCGGUUGAAGCAAAAAUUUUAAGAGAUAACAGAACUGGAUAGAUAACAUUUGAUUUUCAAUUAUGUUUCAAUUAUUUACCUGAAGAAUGAAGAUAACCUUCGAUGAAUAUGAGAGUAAAAUAGACCAACCAAAAGAGAAAUGCAGUACAUUACGGUCAAGGAUAUGCUUCCUGUCAUUAUGUCGACUGCUAGCUUUAAUCUGUACAAUAUCAGUCAUUCUUUGUAUCCUUUUACUUUGUAAAACUUAUAUUAGGUUUGUCUUGCUAUGGCUGGAGAAGCAAGACACGUUUGUGAUUUCCACCACAAUUUGUUUUCUUUUCAUUAUUGUCUCUCUUCCUAUCAGUAUAGGUUAUAUUGUUCUAGUUGUUGCUACAGGAUAUUUAUUUGGUCUAGCUAGAGGUUUAAUGUUAACGGUUUUUGGGGCAAACCUGGGUCUUUUAGUAGCUCACAAUAUUUUGAAGGUGAUUGGCCAUCAUCAUCGCAUUCGUAAAUAUACUCAAAAUGACAUGGCCCUCGCCAUAAUGCGAGUGAUUUCUGGUCCACUAUGUUUCAAGAUUGUCUUCUGUUCAAGACUGACUCCUAUUCCAUUUGGAUUGCAAAAUACAAUAUUUGCUAUGAGCAACGUUAGUGCCAAAAUAUACCAUUUAGCUUCUCUUUUGGGCCUUUUUCCUGCUCAGUUUGUUGCUGUCUAUGUUGGCUCAACUUUGCGCUCUAUGCAAGAUGUUAUUGAAAACAGGCACAUUUCUUCAACAACAUAUUUAUUUGCCACAUUGCAGGUAUGUGAACAAGUAACUUUUGCACAGUAGAAUAAUACAACCACGUGAUACGUCCGAGUUGCCGGAGACCUUCAACCGCUCUUAGGAUGAGAUUCUCAUUCAAUCCGUUCAGUGCUGUAAUAUCGAAGGAUUUG